CAAGUUCAUCUUUCGAUCACGAACGAUCGUUCAGCUAUUUUCCGUCAACCAUUCGUAUAUUAAUGUUCUUGUAGAUGAUAAUGCGUAUUGUUUUCGACGUGAUAACAACGAAACCCGGUUUAACGUGAGAUAGUGUUGAAUGUCGUUAUCUUGUACGUUCAAACCGAACGAACGUUAUUGCUUACCAAACAACAAGAUCAGUGGCGUAUGUAGAAAAUAUUUUCGGAAGGGGCUACUAUGGACAGAGUUAAAUUAUCACUGCUAUCUAAAAAUAACUAACAAGACACAGUAGGUCUUGGAAAAUGUGGUGUAGCUGUCAUAAGAAUUUCUGGUCCAAAUGCCUCUAAUGCUAUUUUGAAUAUGACUUGUUUAAAGUAUUUACCCGAACCGAGGAAAGCUUGUUUAAAUAAAAUUAUUGAUCCAACAACAAAAGAACAAUUAGAUAAUGGAUUAUUAUUAUGGUUCCCAGGACCUAAAAGUUUUACUGGAGAAGAUUGCUGUGAAUUUCAAAUACAUGGUGGACGAGCGGUUAUUUCAUCAGUACUCCAUGGUUUAUCAAAAUUAUCUAAUUUCCGACCAGCUGACGCUGGAGAAUUCACUAAACGUUCCUUUUAUAAUAAUAAAAUGGAUUUGACUGAAGUAGAAGGUUUGGCUGAUCUUAUUGAAGCUGAUACUGAGCUACAAAGAAAACAAGCAUUGAUGCAGUUAGAAGGUUCUUUAAGACAACUUUACAGUUCAUGGAGACAGUCUCUUUUAGAAAAUUUGGCUAAUGUCGAAGCCUAUAUAGAUUUUAGCGAAACCGAUAAUAUUGAAGACUUUGUACUAGAAAAUGUAAAAGAAAAUCUAGAAAAACUUGCCAGAGAAAUAAAGAUACACUUAUCAGAUAAUAGGUCUGGUGAAAUUUUACGAGAUGGAGUUAAAGUGGCAAUAAUUGGUGCACCAAAUACAGGGAAGAGUAGCCUCUUAAAUGCAUUAUGUAGUAGAGAAGCUGCUAUAGUAACAGAAUUUCCAGGCACAACUAGAGAUCUAAUUCAAGUGCCUCUGGAUGUGUCUGGUUACGCAGUACUUUUAGUUGACACUGCGGGUAUUCGCUCUAAAACCAUAGAUUUGAUUGAAGAAUUGGGAAUGAAAAAAUCUAAAGAUCAGGCUCAAGCAGCCGACAUGGUUAUCUUAGUGAUUGAUGCUUUAUAUCUCACUGGUAUAGAUGACAUGGACUUAUGGCUAGCACAAUAUGCAAAAAAUAUGAAAGUGCAGUGCAGUAAUUGUUUGGUUUAUGUGAAUAAGAUUGAUGUUGUACCUGAAGAUCAAAUUUUUAGAUUCAAAAAAAUAUCUCAAUCUUCUAAAUGGACCAUAUGUUUUGGUUCAUGUAUAGCUGAAAAAGGUCUUACAGAUAUGAUGGAAGUAUUUGAAAACUAUUUGCAGAAAUUAUGUGGAAAUCCAAAUUUUGAACAUCCUCGCUGUAGUCAAGCAAGACAUAGAUAUUGUCUCACAAUAGCAUUAGAAAAUAUUCAAAAAUUUCUCAAAAUAUCCAAGUUAGAUGAAAACAUUGAUAUUGCAGCACAGCUUUUGCAUAAUGCCACAUUAAAUGUUGGAAAAAUCACAGGACAUGUAUCAACUGAAGAAAUACUCGGUGUGAUAUUUUCCAAAUUUUGCAUAGGUAAAUAAAGUAUUAUUUACUCUGUAGUUUUUAAUCAAAGUUUUAAAUUUAAAA